AUGCCUGAACCAGCAAAGUCUGCGCCCAAGAAGGGCUCUAAGAAGGCCGACACCAAGACCGCCGGGAAGGGAGGAAAGAAGCGCAGAAAGUCCAGGAAGGAGAGUUACGCUAUCUACGUGUAUAAAGUCCUGAAGCAGGUUCAUCCUGACACCGGUAUUUCUUCUAAGGCCAUGGGCAUCAUGAACUCUUUCGUCAACGACAUCUUUGAGCGCAUCGGCGGUGAGGCAUCUCGUCUCGCUCACUACAACAAGCGCUCCACCAUCACCUCCAGAGAGAUCCAGACCGCCAUCCGUCUGCUGUUGCCCGGUGAGCUGGCCAAACACGCCGUGUCUGAGGGAACCAAGGCCGUGACAAAGUACACAAGCUCCAAAUAA